CGUUGAUGGGGGCGAGAAGAGCUCAGAUUGUUUACUAUCUUUGUCGAAACGGGCAGCUUGAGCAUCCUCACUUCAUGGAGCUCUCUCAGCUCCCUAAUCAGCAACUUAGGCUCAAAGAUGUGAUGGAGAGGCUGACGGUUCUCAGAGGCAAGGGAAUGCCUUCUCUUUACUCUUGGUCUUGCAAAAGGAGCUACAAGAAUGGGUACGUGUGGAACGACUUGUCGGAGAAUGACGUCAUCUACCCGGCUGACGGCGCCGAGUACGUCCUCAAGGGCUCCGAAAUCGUCCCCGGCUGUUCAGAACAAUACCAACAGCUCCGGCUUCGCAACAACAGGCCGACGAAAACGCUUCCUACCCGCAUCCAAAUAGAACCCGAACCCGAAGACUACAGCGAAGAAACAGAAGAAGAAGAAGAAGAAGAAGAGCCAGAAGCAGAGUAUAGAAAAUCCCGCAACCUCACCGAGAAAAACGACACCCACUCACGCACCCGCUGCUCGCGUGGGGUCUCCACUGAACAGCUCACCCAGAGAAAACCCGGUGGGCCUCACCAGCAAACCGAAAUCGCACUCGACGACGGCUCACCCCCUUCGUCGUCGUCCUCCGACCGGGCGGUUGAACCGAGCGGUCUGACGAAAAACUCUGUGUUUUUCAAUUUAAUCGCGUGUGGGUCCGGGGUUGGUGUAAAGGGGAGAAAGAGCGGGGGGAAUCUGCAUAAAGGGGUUGUGACUAGCAGAGCGGCGAGGGCGAGUAGGGUGGAAGACGUGGAGGAGGUGAGAUUUAUGUCUGAGAACCCGAGA